AGAUUGCUGCACACAGACAACUGAGAAACCCUAUCUAAGACAUAGGAUGGCAAAAACUAUAAAUAACUUCAAAUUCUGCCCUUAUGAAGAUGUAUUAGGAAUUGGAACUAGUAAUGGCUUCACAAGCAUUAUUGUACCAGGCAGCGGUGAGCCGAACUUCGACGCUUUGGAAAGCAAUCCCUUCCAGAAUAAGAAACAGAGAAAGGAAGCUGAAGUCAAAGCUUUGCUUGAUAAGAUUCCUGCUGAACUCAUCACGCUCAAUCCAUUUGAUAUUACUGAAGUUGACGUACCUUCUAUGCAAGAGCAAAUGGAAGCUAAGAAGAAAUUAUUGUAUCUCAAACCUAAGAAAAUGGACUUCACUCCGAGGCACAAGAAGAAGGGCAAAACACAGAUAGCAAGAAAGAAAAUUAUAAAACAAGCUGCCAGAAAGGAAUUCGUGGAACAAGCAAAAGAAGCACAAAAGCUACUCAAUUUGCCCAAACCCCAAAAUGUAAAGAAACAAUCCUUUGGUGUGCUCGACAGAUUUGUACCAACAGUUAAGACUAAGAAAUAAAACAAAUACUUUGUA